AAUGAACAACGAAGAAUUCUCUCAAAUACAGAAUCCAAAUUUGACAAGAACACGUACGCGUCGUGCAUGCUCGCAUUGUAAAAGAUUAAAACGUAGAUGUGUUAAGAUAUCAAAUCAAACUUGUAGUGAAUGCUGGGGGAAAAGGGAAUGUAUCUUUCCCGUAUGCCCAAUUUGUCUUAGACCAAACAAAGACAAUACUAACAACAUUUGUGCUGAAUGUCUAAGAACAUGCACACAACAAUAUUUUGAUAUGACCUCUUCUCUUGUAAAUGAGGAAUAUAUAUACGAAUGUUAUGAAGGUUACGAAGGUUACGAAGACAGUACCCCAU